AGCACGCGAGUCACAACGGUUCCCACGGCACUUUUUUUUUCCUUUUCUUUUUCCUCUGGAAGUUGUCAGAUCACAGUCGUCUUCAACGCAGUCAUGUCAAAUAACAGCGCACGCAAUAAUAACUUGGUUAUCGCACAGAAAGCCGUGAAACAAUUGCGGUUUGAAGCCAGUGUUCAGAGGAUUAAGGUGUCCCAGGCAGCCGCAGACCUGAAGACCUUCUGCCUCCAGAACGCAAACAAGGACCCUCUGCUCAUGGGCGUGCCAUCGAGCGACAACCCCUUCCGACCCCCCAAGUCCUGCACUGUCUUCUGAGGUUUGAGGGCUGCUGUCAUUUUGCCGGUGAUCUCGAGCCCUGUCCUGAACAACGCGCAGCACUGAUUAAAGCUCCCGGUUUCCUCCAGCAGCUAAUGAGGAAUGAAGUCCAUGGAACACUUUUAGAAGACUUUUAGAAGACUUUUAGAAGACUGCUACCCUGCUCAGCUCAGCCUGCUCUUACACUGUUCUUAUUGUUGGUUCUCAGUUCAAUCCCAGAAUGCCAAGCACCGGGAGGCCAAACCCCGCAACCACCACCACCACAACCACACCCUAACCCCUCCACCUCCACCACAACCACACCCUAACCCCUCCACCUCCACCACAACCACACCCUAACCCCUCCACCACCACCACAACCACACCCUAACCCCUCCACCUCCACCACAACCACACCCUAACCCCUCCACCUCCACCUCCACCACAACCACACCCUAACCCCUCCACCACCACCACAACCACACCCUAACCCCUCCACCUCCACCACAACCACACCCUAACCCCUCCACCUCCACCACAACCACACCCUAACCCCUCCACCACCACCACAACCACACCCUAACCCCUCCACCACCACCACCACCACAACCACACCCUAACCCCUCCACCACCACCACAACCACACCCUAACCCCUCCACCACCACCACAACCACACCCUAACCCCUCCACCACCACCACAACCACACCCUAACCCCUCCACCUCCACCACAACCACACCCUAACACCUCCACCUCCACCACAACCACACCCUAACCCCUCCACCACCACCACAACCACACCCUAACCCCUCCAUCACCACCACAACCACACCCUAACCCCUCCACCACCACCACAACCACACCCUAACCCCUCCACCUCCACCACAACCACACCCUAACCCCUCCACCACCACCACAACCACACCCUAACCCCUCCACCUCCCCACCAGACUAGUUUACAUUAAAACAUCUUGUUUACUUUUCUUAUUUUCCAAAAAGUGCAACAACAAAAAAUUGUACAAAGAUCUGGCUGAAUGUGUUGUUUGUUGCUCUUUUGUAGAGUUCUCUAAUCGCAGUGAUGCUGCCUCGUCUGGAGGGUAUGUCGGCCAGCAGCUGAUGGCAAAUGCAAUCAAAGAGAUCCAGUGUUCAUUUUCACCCUACUAUAGUAAGAACACUGUUGUAAAAUAUAGUUAAUUUUUCUGAAUUAAUCAACUGAACAACAAUCCAGAAUUAAAUUAACAGGCCCAAUUUCAGAAAAGUUCUAAAAAGCCUAAUUAUAGUCCAUUUUUGUUCUUGUCCCUGAUAUUCUACAAAUUUGAUAACUUUAAUACCAUUGGUAUCUCUAGUGGAAUAGUGCUUGUGAAGAAACAACCAGUCAGUCACAAUGAGCAAAAGGACAAAAGUCAGCUUUUGAACUUCACGCCGUCAAUGAAAAUGUUGGAAUGGCUGGCAUGAAUGUGUCUGUGAGCGUUGCUGAAUGUCCUUCCACUACACCUGCGCACCUCACUGCCAUUGUCAUGUAUAGUCCUAAGGCCCUGUUGGUAGAGCAUUGCACUAACUAUGCAACGGUUGUGGGUUUUGAGAAUGUAUGCAGUUUUAACCUGUGUGUCACUUUGGAUGAAACUGUCAAAAAGAAGCAUUUCUAUCCAUUUCAUGUGGUUUUGAUGAUAAUGCAUAAUCCCUGUUUGCAAGCCAUUAAAUAUGGUACAUUCUGUAUAGUUUCUCCUUUUCCUGUUAUUUAGAAGAACGAAAUUGUGACCAUUCAGUACAUAGGCCUUAGUACAUAUUUAUCGACAUUCACAGACUCUCCACACUCAUAAUCCAGAUCCAUUCAUGCUCACCAGAAAUUACACAGCAAUCGUUAGCGGUGAACUAUGUUUGCAGCAGUAGCUGUUGGACAAUUUUAAAUGCACGCCACCAACGCCUUUUUUUUAAUCCGAUUUUUUUCGUUUUUCUCCCAAUUUGGUAGCCAAUUGGACCCCGUCUGAUUGAAUUAGAGCUAGUAUUAGACAUUAGAUACACCGCCCACACCCUGUCCCUUGGCGGCCGGCAGGAGAGCGACACGCCUUCUUCAAGUCGUCUCGUCUCACAAGUCGUGACCGUGAUUCCGAGGCACUCGAGGUGCUUGUUUUUGUGCGGCGAUCUACUAACCCUGCCAAGUCCCUCCCUCUGGAGCAGCGAGCCAAUUAUUGCUGCUCCACGUGAGCCGGCCAAACUUGGCUUUUGGCAGGACCGAGAAUCGAACCCCGGUCCCCAGUGUGCAACUGCAGCAAACUGCAACCGCAAACCAACGCCUUUUUAAUACAGAUGGAUGUGACUUGGGUCUAAUAAUGCCAACUAGCUUCAUAACUCAUUUGUUGCUUAACCGUGAUUUACUUUUAAAGGUAAGAACAAAUGUUGCAUUGAUUAAAGUGUAUUAUAACAGCCAAAUAAAUGUCAACUUUUGUUCUCUCUGUGUUUUCCCCAUCAUCAGCAGACAUUUUUGUUCGCUGCACACCAUCUUUUCAAACUGUUAGCUAAUGUCAGCUAACGUUCGUGACGAACAGAAACAAGUUUGAAUAUAUUAUGUUGGCGAACGUUAGCCGUUAGUCCUCGCCGUCUUGAACGCAUGUUUCAUUACAUUACAUUACAGGCAUUUAGCACACGCUCCUUUCCAGAGUGAUGUACAACGAAGACUGGUGAGGAUGAUAGUUGGAAGACCUGGGCCACGUUCAGUCCCGACAAAACGUAGCAAAACGUUUAUUUAAACAGAAACGGAGGCGCGUUGAACAUCCUGUUGCAAACUGUGGGCGAACUGGCUGACAUAGUAAGGUUUGCUCAUAUGGCGUCCGUUACGGCGUUCUCCGGCCUAUAAGGCAUAGGCCUACAUGAUUGGGCUACACCCCCGACACACCCAAAAAAACGGCAAACAUACCUCAAAGCCGUGAAAAACAUAUCGUUCAACACUGAAACCGUAGCAAAACGUUUUCACAUGCCCCAUCUGAGCUCUCAGUCCAUUGUGUUUGAUUGUCCUUUUUAUGGCUUGCUCAUUUUCAUUUCUGUCUCCAUUUCAUCUCUUCAUCUGAUCUGGUUUGGGCUGUUUGUAUAUGUGUAUAUAUAUAUAUAUAUAUACACACACAUACACACACACACACACACACACUGGUGAAGUUUCUUUGUGUCAAAAUUAAGAUUAGUUUGUUGAUUCUUCAUUUUAUGUUAAUAGCCUAUCUGCCCCUCGUUUAAAAAAAGAAUAAAUUGGCACAGCUGUCUCAAUUAAGCUUAAUUAGUUGAUCAAUUAUUUAUCCAAGGCUCCAGUGAACAACUAAUUACUCUUCAUAAAUGUGAACGUCUGUCUGUGUUACUAAUUUAAGUGGGUAGAAGUAGGAACACAUCCUGCUGUUAGAAUAAACACAUUUGACAUCUGCAGCAAAGCAAUAAGAAUGAGAUUGGACUUUUUAGUAACUGGUUUGGGGGAGUGGUACAGAUCGGUUGGUGGUUUAAAUGUAAUAAUUAAAAAUACGGAAAUACAGCCGAAAUAGGCCCACAGGGACUCAUGUUUCCGGCCCCCCAUUGCAUGUAUGGUACAUUUAGCUCUAUUGAAACACUAUUGAAACUGGGUGUUUUGUUGACUGCACUAUAUUCUGUUUCCCACUUGGAACCAGGCUGCUAAGAAGCGACUUAUUAAAUUACAGUAUGUUGGUUUUAGGUGAGAAUUCAAUGAACAGUAAUUCAAAACUAAUUCACUGAGAGCUAUGGUAAAAAAGUGCAUUCAUUUAUCGAGUUUGGGAAAUACUGGCAUACAGGAAUGCAUGAACAAAGGAUAUCUUACUUGCAGUACAUAAGCUGACCAGUACAAUCCCAGUGAACAGAUCGACAGUUUGGUUUAAAACCUUUUAAUGUUCUGCUUGACUGUUUGGUAGAGCAUAUCAUAUAUGUUUUCCAUGGCUCUUCACUUGGUGAGGACAUUAAAGAGUUAAGUGAUUGUCUGUUUUUCUUUGCUGUUGUACUGUAAAAGGUUAUCACAGAAUUGUCCUGUCAUAAACAAUGAUGUUACGUUCAUACUUUGUCUUUUGUUGUUCACUUGUAAAUGUCAUUCAUUCAAAGCGCAUAGUCUCUCUAUUGUUUCUUGCAAACUGUAUAACUGUCAAAACAGUUACAUAUCAAAACAGUGUACAUAUCGGAUCUUUGUUUUCAUCGUUUUAUUUAACAAAAUGAAGAGUUCAGAAUUUAACACAGAGGGAAAAUGUGGCCUUUAUAUGUUUUGCAAGUGUUCUUUCACUGCAGCUUUUUCUCAGUUGUGAUUGGAUAUUUCAACCAUCUUCCCUCAAACUGCCUUAUCAUUGGUUGGACUAGCUUCCUGUCACCUUUAUGAUGUCCGAACAUUGCGGCUUCGCCUUUAAGAAGCUGUGCAAUGCACCCUGUGUGCCAAUUGCACUGACUUUCUAAGUCGACCUAACCCUCAUUAUGUCUUACCUGAUGCAUAGGUGUUUCGUUUAUAUACUGAAAUAUGUUGUAACCUGAAUUUGAAUUACUAAAAAUAGAUCAUUGCAAGGAA